UCGCGAAUAGCAGAGAAAUGGCGUCAAAAGCGAUCGUCGUAAUUAUCAUUGCCGUAUCGAUCGUUUGCGUCUUCACACAGACGCCGGUGAAACUUGACGAACGACAUCUCCGUGUGUCGCCGAUCGAUAAUGAUCAGUUGCCUGGAAAAGGCUGGCAGGACUCGGUACCUGGGUUACCCGGCAAGGAUUAUCCAAAUUUAACAAGCAUACCUGAAACUUCAUUCAGCUGCGAAGGAAAGACACCCGGCGGUUACUACGCUGACGUCGAGGCGAGAUGUCAGGUCUUCCACGUAUGCAGCACGCAAGGCUCGAAGAGCUCCUUUCUCUGUCCGAGCGGCAGUAUCUUCAAUCAGCGCCACUUUGUCUGCGACUGGUGGUACGAUUUCGAGUGCCACGAGGCUCCGGAGCUCUACGCCCUCAACGAGAGCCUCGACGAGCCCGAGGAGCCCUCCUCAGUCGAGGCCCUUCACUUCAACACACUGGGGGCUCCGAGCACCGAUCUCUCUCUUGCCAGCUCUGGAUAUACGAAUAAUUUGCGCGAGCAAGCCAAUCUCCUUUACGAGGAUUAUGCGCCCGUCAAGACACUUUAUACGGGAGCCGUUUUAUCGAAGGAGAGAGCCGCAACCAUUGAGUCAAGUGACAGCGGCAAUAUCCAGUCUGGAAGUUCAGCUCGUUCCACGUCUUCCGGGAUUUCCAACAUCGAUGGCACUGAUAUCGCUGACGAUAAUCACUCUCGGGUCCGUCAAAAGCAAUCCACCUAUAAUCGCAAUGGCUCAGCACGUUCUAAUGGUCUCGGGCUGAAUGAAUUACAACUGACUUAUCAUCAGGGAGAAAAUAACGGGCGCACCAGCAAUUACGCGGUUGAACGACAGUCGACAACUUAUCUUAACAGGCCUUCACCGAAUCUGGAUAUCGUACCACGGGGCUUCUCCAAGAAUCGCAAGAACAGCCAGCAAACACGUGCCACUUAUCAGGAAUUCAAACGAAAUGAUCAAAAUCCUGGAUUUUUUAUAAAUAAUGGACUUUCUAAUGGAUUUGAAGAGUCUAAAUAUAAAGCGUCAUCGAAAGAUAAUCGCUACGUAGAAUAUGAUAAAAGUGGCAAUAAAAAUAAUGACAAUAAUUACGACAGCAAUUACGACGGAAGAUAUCAAAAUUAUUAUAAAAAAUCAGAAAAUAAUUCACUUCCGCAAACUAACGACAAUUAUAGUAUUGAGAAAAAUAAUGUUACGAAUAAUAGUGCACAUAAUAAUAAAUAUAUCACAACCAAUAUUAAUGAUAAUAAUCAGCAAAGCAAUUAUUAUGAAAAUUAUUAUAACGAAGCGGAAAGAAGUGAAAUCAAUUCUAAUAGGAAUUUGGAUGCUUCGAGAUAUCGUUAUGAUCAGAAUUUCGAAGCAUCGACAGCCAAUCCGCAAUCCUUUAAUCCAACCUCCACGGAGGAUGAUGUUGACCGUGAGAGACAAAGAGAGGUAGACAGCGUGGAUCUGAAGAGGAAAAGGCCGCAGCAGCAAAUUCAUCAACGAUAUAACCCAUCGGCAUUUUUAAUUCACGAAGAAACCUCGUAUAAUAGGCAAGACGAUCUGUCAAGGAGUAACGCCAACUCGGAAUAUCCACCAAUUUUACCUCAUCAAAUGUACACGGAGCCGAAUUUACUAUCGACACUCGUGCCGGAAGUAACGACGCUUGCUAAUGGCGACGCGGAAGAACCAAGACAUCAUGCGCGAGAACGGACCAAGUACCUUGGGAGGAGACCAGCCGGCGGACUGCCAAGUGGAUCUGGCAACGGUUUACCAGGCGCCAACAAGAUACUCGUAGGUUCUGAUUCUGUUACUGGGAAACCCGGUAUGGAUGAUGAUUCAGACCAGUUGCCACCUCCUGUUACGGAUACCACUGGCAUUUGGUAUCAAAGUACAGCGGCUGGUUGGGGAAAGGUGGAGAGUAUAUACGUGCCGUCGCAAGUCAAUGCCGAAGAAAACACCAGCAACAAUAUUAGUGGAAAUAAUAAUGAUUAUCAUGAUUUUGAGGGAUAUGGACAAUAUGCAAAUAAUGCUACUUCAUCAUGGAACGGCGAUCGAAUAUUCCAUGAGCAAUAUUAAACAUUGACGUCGAUAUUUUAAGUUUUUCCUAUCCUACCUUGAUUAAUCAUUACGUCCAUCUUU